AGAGAGUGUAAACAUUGCAUUAAACUGACUGUCAAUGUAUUGACUGUUAUUUAUAAACACAUUAUUAAUAUUUUAUUCACUUUUUUCUUUUUAAACCAGAUUUGUGUUGAAAUCGAUUUGAUUUUAGUUUUUUUGUAUUCAAAAUAUAAUUAAUUAAAUUAUUUUCAAUUAUUAAAUGCUUUUCACUAUUAAUAGUAUUAUAUAAUCAGUGGUUAAGAGUUGUGAUCAUCUUUUCAAUCACAUGAAGACAUGUCUGCAGACAUAAGACAUCGCAAUCCGCAGAGUGACCCAUCAGGUGAUGGACCAGAAUCUGCGACAAGCAAUCAAUCUAAGAAACCAUUGAGAAGAAUGAGCUCAGAUAACGCCGACUCGGAUGACGGUCUGAUCGAUGAAUCACAACUCGAAGAUUUGGUGAAAGGUUUGCCACAAGCGUCCGAUAAAAUCAAUGUCAUAUCUCUGGACGCAAUUCCUGCAAAAUAUCGAAAUUAUGUGGUCAGAAGUAUAUUCACGUGUUUAAUGGUAUCGGGAUUUUGUUUUAUUAUAUAUUUGGGUCCUUUGGCUCUCAUGUUUAUCACUCUUGUAGUACAAGUGAAAUGUUUUCAAGAGAUUAUAGCUAUCGGUUACAGUGUCUACCGAUUGCAUGGUUUGCCGUGGUUUAGGUCGUUGUCGUGGUAUAUGUUAGGCGCUUCUAAUUACUUCUUUUAUGGUGAAAGUCUUGUCGAUUACUUUGGUCUUCUUCUGCACCGAACUAAUUUUAUGCGACCUUUAGUAACAUACCAUCGAUUUAUAUCAUUUUGUCUCUAUUUGAUUGGAUUUGUUUGGUUUGUGUUAAGUCUAACUAAAAGCUAUUAUAUGCGUCAAUUUUCUUUGUUUGCGUGGACACACGUAACAUUGCUAAUAGUGGUGACCCAGUCAUACCUUAUACUACAGAAUAUGUUUGAGGGACUCAUUUGGUUUAUAGUUCCCGUUUCGAUGAUUGUCUGCAAUGAUGUUAUGGCAUAUCUCUUUGGAUUUUUCUUCGGAAAGACACCACUCAUUAAGCUUUCACCCAAAAAGACUUGGGAAGGCUUUAUUGGUGGCGGUAUUGCCACUGUUAUACUGGGAAUGAUUUUUUCACAAGUGUUGUGUCACUAUAAAUACUUUGUUUGUCCCAUUGAAUACUCAGAAGACUUAGAGAGGACAACAAUGGACUGCGAACCGUCUCCUUUGUUUCAUUUGACUGAAUAUCAUUUACCCAAUGUUUUCGCUUAUUUAGGCAAACUAUUACCGAUAAAUAUUCCGACGACAGUAACGAUAUAUCCAUUUGUUUUGCACUCACUAUCGCUUUCGCUGUUCAGUUCAAUAAUCGGUCCGUUCGGUGGCUUCUUUGCCAGUGGUUUCAAGAGGGCCUUCAAGAUUAAAGACUUUGGUGAUGUGAUCCCCGGUCACGGAGGGAUUGUUGAUCGAUUUGAUUGUCAAUAUCUUAUGGCCACUUUUGUCAAUGUUUACAUUUCUAGUUUUAUACGACUACCAAAUGCAUCCAAAUUGUUUCAAUUAAUUCUUAGUCUGCGAAGUGAGGAACAGUUAAAAUUGUAUCAACUCUUUAGCGACCACUUAAACUCAACCAAUGUCUUGAACAAUGCCAUAUGAUAAGUGGACACUUGUGUUGUGUUUAUAUGUAUUAUUAUUAUUUUAUUAUAAUC